CUGUAUUCACAGAUUCUAUGGGUGAUUCUUCUGAUACAGAGGGUGUAAAUAAAGAAUCUAUGUCAAAGGGAACAGUGACAAUCGAAGUAUUUGUGGGAGCUGUUGGUGGAGCUGUUGCUCUAGCUGUCGUUGUUAUAGCUAUUUUUGUCGUUUCCAGAAGAUAUCGUUUGCCUUGUAGGCACACUUCAGAUAAUACAAAACGUACCAAAAUUCAUAGAUCAAACCCAGUGUUUGUGAGACAGACAGCGCCAACUUACGACCACCUGACUUCUAGAGAGCAGACGGAAUACACAGAAAUAGGCAUGACGGCUGUUGGAAAUUCUGGUGCUGGCAGUCAACAUAACCAAAGCACCUCGUAUGAGCGUCUUCACACCAGAGAAAAAGCCGUAUAUACAGAGAUUGGAAGUGCUUUUCCAGAGAGUAAGACGCAAUAUGUGAAUCAACAGACAGACUCGCCCGCAGCAGGCAGUAAUUAUGAAGUUCCGGAAAACCAAGAAUCGUCAAAUGAACCAAGAGAUUAUGAAAACGAAACAAACCCGAAGAAAACUCAAGCCAGUACGUAUGAACAUGUAUAUACAACGCCUUUGAAACAUCAGUAUACUGCCCUUGUCCAAGGCAUGUCGGUCAGCGAUUGUCUCAACCAGAUGUUCCAGUUCUCUUUCUCCGUAAAUGGCGGCAGUCUGAAGUUUUGUCGCCUGUCUCUCGCAGGGUGGUAG